ACAAAUACAGUAAAAAGAAGGUCCAUAGAAAACAGCUUUGGUUUGGUGUUAAAUUUUUUUUUAUUUCAUUUUUUUUUUUUGUUGUUAACAAAGAUGCAUUUAUAAUAUAAAAUUAUCGAUUAGCAUUCUACACACUAUACACGGAAAUCUAAAACGACAAAAAUGGCGCUUCGUCUGCGUCGGGAUGUACAGAAAGCCUCAUACUAUGUGUGGUUCUUGGGUGCCGAGGAGGCGAAAGGCUUGCGUGGAGCUCGUGUAAUUAACUCCGUCUUGCCCUAUCUCGUAGACAGAUCAAGGGGCCAAGAGCCGCUCAAGGUGACGCUUCAAGUUUCGCACAAGGGCAUUAAGAUUGUUCAGGGAUCAUCGAAGCAUUUAAUUCCACACAGUGCCAUAACCAGCUCCGUGCAAACCGACGACAUAGUGGCUUGUGUCUUAUUGCUAUACAAUCCGGCCACCAAAUGUCCAUUGCAUGUCCAUGCCUAUCGUUGCGAUUCAGAGACAACGGCCGAGGCGCUGCAUCUACAAUUGCAAAUACUCAUCAAUCGUCCCGACAAUCAGAAACGUUUCGAAGAGCUUGAGACAAGAUUGGGCAUUUUACCACCUAUUCCCAGCAAUAACAAUAACAACUGUGGUGAAAAGCGACAUGACUCCCUGCAGAAAUCCAUGUCAUCCUCGUCAUCGGCAUUGCACCAUCAGACACAAUCUUCGUCGGCGGCUGCCGGUGGAAGUUAUUCGCAACACCACCAGAGUCGUCGGCAUGAGACUUCGUCGCCGAAACGUUUUAGCAGUUCACUGGGUAGUGAUACUGGGAAUAGUACACGCGAAUCGGAAUGCAGUGAACAGGAGCAUGGCUUGGCCAAUUCUCCAAUAUCCCGGUCGCCGCCACAUGGGAAGCAUCAUUCCCAGUCCCAACCGCAGCAGCUGCAUCAUCCGCCACUGACGCCCCAGCAGAAUAGCGAACUCUUUGAUUCCCUUGCAGCGGAAUUACGUGCCAAGUUGAAUGGCAACGGACCACCGCUGCUCCUGCCGCCCCGUGAUUACGAUACAGUUCAUCGUUCCAAGGGUAAUCUCACGGCCAUUGAGUUGAGAAGGUGUCGCAAUGCUUUGAUAGUCGGUGGAUCCCCACCCACUGGUAAAGCAGGAGCGCCGGCUGGCGGUACAACUGGAACUGUGAAUGGAAAGCAGGUCUCAUCGCGAGGUUCAUCGGGGAUUGGUUCAGACUUGGCCCCCAGCCCUGAAAGACAAGACCUUAAUAGUUCAAGUGAUGACGAACAUUGGUCAAAUGAGGCAGACAAUUCAGUUAUAGCGCUGAAACCGUCACAAAUUGCCGUUCCCCCAGGCCAGUUAAAGAGAAAAAGUGCCGUACAACCGCCAGAGGAUAGUUACCUGAGGGAUCUACCUGUUAAACCAUAUCAACCUAGGUCCACAGACAGAGAAAUUGAAAGGGAAAGGGAGAGAGAAAGAGAACGGGAACGCGAACGAGAACGUGAGCGCGAACGAGAAAGGGAACGAGAGAGGGAGAGGGAAAGAGACAGAGAGCGAGAGCGAGAUAGAGAACGCAUCAAGACCCCAGCGUCUACAUCAAACAAAUCAUGGACACGAGAAGAUGAUAUCAAGCCGAUCAUAAUGAGACCAGCUGAUUAUGAUGCUAAAUUCAAUCGGGUCAUGCAAUUGGAUACACAACCUCAACAGCCGAAUAAGCUAAGGGAUACAGAUAAAUAUAAUGAGAUAAAUCGUUUACUCAACAAAAAAUUGGAGCGCGACCAGCCACAUCGGAAAACUGGUGGCCGAUCGCGUCAUGAAGACGACAUUGACGAUUUUGAGGACUCCGAUCAGGGUAGCGAGCAGGCUCUUCAUUCGAUUCAUCAUUAUCGCAAAGAAAAUCUUACAGAUAAGCAAAAAUUCAUGAAGCAGCAGCAACAUCAAGACUCACAACGUUAUCGCCACCGUUACAUUGAACCCGAGGGGCUCCAGAUGAAUCCGCCAGCUAACCAGCCGGCUCAUAAUAAGUAUGCAGCUGUGCAUCGUGGCACCACCGAGCGGCGUCACGAUCGCGAGCGUUCUGAUCGAGAACGAGAACGGGACCGUGAUCGAGAGAGGGAGCGAGAACGUGAUAGGGAUCAUUCACGUGACCGUAAUCCCUACCGCGAAGCUGAGAGCCUUCCCUACAUACAGAGCAUGGAGAAAAUGAUGAAAUCCACGGGCAUGCGCUAUGCUGAGCCACCAAUCCCCAACUCUUCGAAGGCCCGUUUGGAGAGGGACAGAGUGGGGGAUCGCGAAGGCCUAAGGGAGCGUGAGCGUGAACGCGAUUUUCUCCCACCAAACCAAAACUCUCAGCGGGAUCGUUUCCACGAUGCCAAGGAUAAAUUUAGAGCAAUGGAGCAGCAACGCUCCAGCAGUCGCUACGAAACGGAUGAGCGCGAUAACCCUGCCCCCGAUCCGUUUCGGUCCUCAUCACGUCGUCGACGUGGCUCAGUCGAACCAGCAGUCAGCUACGAGCAAUGGAGCGAGGAGGAGGAACCACCAGCCCCUCCACCACAUCUAAUAGGGAAUCGUUCGCGAGCAAGGUCCCGUAGUGAUUGGGAGCGCGAGCAAGAACCACAGCAAUCCAUUCCCCGGCCGAGGGAGAGAGAGCGUGAGUGCGAAUUUAAUCGUAGGGUUGAUGAUUUACCGCCACACCGAGAACAAUCCCGGGAUCCAUAUCGAGAGCGUGACCGUGACCGCGAACGUGAAAGAGAUACACGGGAACAUGGCCCAUCCCAUCCAGUUCGUGCUCACUCCCGUGAGUAUAUGCACGACACAAAGUCUAGUUCUGGAUCGACAUCCGCUCGUGGCGGCUCACAUCAUGUGGUAAUCGAGCGUUAUCCCUCGCCAGCGCCAACACCAACCAGAAAUGCCCAUACCGGAGGUGUUGGUGGUGGAAAAGCCGGAGGGGAAGGUGGCGGUGGCGGAGGCAGAUCGAAUGAAAAUCAUCCAAAUGGUAACUCAUCAUCGUCUGGCAAACCAUUAGCCAGUAUGCCCAAGGGCUAUCGUCAUAGCUAUGCGGAACCGGUCUUUGCCCGGAAUGGUGGGCGUGUGGGCCUAGCCGCAGUCAAUCCCUAUUAACUAGGAGCUAAAGGACAACAGUAAACAGAAAAAACCGUGCAACGAGUAAAUCUACUAAUUGGAAACAAAUAUAUCUAUAUUAAUAUGCAUAUAAACACAUUUGUAGAUGAUACAUAUCGAAAUUUUACACCGUAUGAACGACUGAUCUGAUUUUGAUCACUAGCUCGAUCUGCAUACGUAUUACAUAUAUAUAUAAUAAUAAAUAUAUAAUCAGCUGUACAUUAGAACCCAAUCCGUUCCCUCACUUACCCCUAGCCACAAGUCCAAACGAUUCCCCCCGUAUAUGCGCCUUGAAUGGGGGUCGGGCACAAAGUGCCUGCCGCCUGCCCCUGUAAUUAUGUGCCUUCUAAAUAUUUUACAUGCAUAUACAUACACUUCUAUAUCUAUAUACAUACAUAUAUGACGAUUAAGAAUAUGAACUAUCUUUCCAUUAUUCGCAAUGGGAUUGUAUAUGUUAAAUAAUGGAAAUUAUUAUUACUCUAUUGUUUUUUUUUUUUGGACUAAUAUUAAGUU